GUUGUGUCACAAAUGUCAUCAUAUUCCCUUUAUAGUGCACUACAUUUGGCUAGGGCCCAUAGGGCUGUGGUCCAAAGUAGUGCACUACAUUUGGCUAGGGACCAUAAGGUUGAGGUCAAAAGUAGUGCACUACAUUUGGCUAGGGCCCAUAAGGCUGUGGUACAAAGUAGUGCACUACAUUUGGCUAGGGCCCAUAAGGCUGUGGUACAAAGUAGUGCACUACAUUUGGCUAGGGCCCAUAGGACUGUGGUCCAAAGUAGUGCACUACAUUAGGGAAUAGGGCACCAUCUGGGACGCAGCUUGUAUAUAAUGUUUGUCAGGCUAGGAGGUGAAGGUGAUCCCAUGAUGUAGUAAUCCUCCUCUCAGAGCCAUCCUCCCCUCCUCUCAGAUCGAGACAGGUCCUCCUCUCAGAGCCAUCCUCCCCUCCUCUUAGAUCGAGACAGGUCCUCCUCUCAGAUCAUGGCAGGUCCUCCUCUUAGAUCGAGACAGGUCCUCCUCUCAGAUCAUGGCAGGUCCUCCUCUCAGAUCGAGACAGGUUCUCCUCUCAGAUCAUGGCAGGUCCUCCUCUCAGAUCGAGACAGGUCCUCCUCUCAGAUCAUGGCAGGUCCUCCUCUCAGAUCGUGACAGGUAUUUCUCUCAGAUCGAGACAGGUCCUCCUCUCAGAUCGUGGCAGGUCCUCCUCUCAGAUCGUGGCAGGUCCUCCUCUCAUAUUGUGACAGGUAUUUCUCUCAGAUCGAGACAGGUCCUCCUCUCAGAUCGUGGCAGGUACUCCUCUCAGAUCGUGACAGGUAUUUCUCUCAGAUCGAGACAGGUCCUCCUCUCAGAUCGAGACAGGUCCUCCUCUCAGAUCGUGGCAGGUCCUCCUCUCAGAUCGUGGCAGGUCCUCCUCUCAUAUCGAGACAGGUCCUCCUCUCAGAUCGUGGCAGGUCCUCCUCUCAGAUCGUGGCAGGUCCUCCUCUCAGAUCGUGGCAGGUCCUCCUCUCAUAUCGAGACAGGUUCUCCUCUCAGAUCGAGACAGGUCCUCCUCUCAGAUCAUGGCAGGUCCUCCUCUCAGAUCGUGACAGGUCCUCCUCUCAUAUCGAGACAGGUUCUCCUCUCAGAUCGAGACAGGUCCUCCUCUCAGAUCGUGGCAGGUACUCCUCUCAGAUCGUGACAGGUCCUCCUCUCAGAUCGUGACAGGUCCUCCUCUCAGAUCGUGGGUGCUGUUACACUUGGCGGAUGCAGAAGUAGCAGCACAAAUUCAACUACAACACUUAAAUACAAGAUAUUCACAGAAGAAAAAACUAGGCUAUAGCCUUUGAAGCAAAUUGCUCAAAUUGCUUGUUUUUCUGUUCAUGAUGUUGACCAUUCCUUUCCAAGCCCUGAAUGUAUGAAAUAUAGCUUACUUUCUUUUUUCAACAUUAAAAGAAAGUCUAUCAAUAUGUAUAUUUUAUGGAUCAACAAUCUCAAAUAAACAGAUGUAUGUUAUGCACUCUACAUCACAAUAUCUAGCUUUGGAAUAAAAUCUCUCUCUAUAGCAGCCAAGGCAAUAUGUA